AUGACGGUUGGUAAAACUUAUACAGUCGAUCCAUCUAUUGGAACAUGCACAUGUAUUGCUGCACUUGGAGGAUCACCUUGUAAACACCAAGCCGCUAUUGCCGUUAAAUAUCAUGAAGGGACUGUUGCAAAAGAUUCCACAUUUUAUGCAUCUUUGUAUACACCUAUUAUGCAAGAAAAUAAUCAAAGGACUGAAAAAGUCAUACAAAAUAUUGAUCCGGAUAGUAACAAAGAUAUGCCUACUGCAGACGAUG